AUGAAUUUUGCACAGGGCCAUGUCAAUCCGCUCAUGCAUUUUGCAGAGCUACUGGCCAUGCGGGGAUUCUUCAUAACCUUUGUCACCACUGAAUGGAUCGACCAACGUCUUCUGAAAGAAGCUUCCACAGAUGCAGCAGCACGUGACCGUGAAGCCAAAGAGAGGGGCCUCAAAUUUCGCUUUCUCUCUGUUCCAGACGGCUUAACACCUGAUCAUGGCCGAACUACUGAACUUGGUGAGCUCUUUCUUGUACUGCAAAAUAUGGGCCCUGCUUUGGAAAAUCUGUUAACUGCCGCAGAUACUUCUGUUCCACCCAUCACGUGCAUUGUGUCGGAUAGUUAUAUCUCUUACACGGCAGAGGUGGCUCAAAAUCUCGGCGUGCCCCGAGUUAUCUUCUGGACAUGUUGUACUGCAAAGUCACUUGCUCAGACCAACGCCAACGUCCUGCUUUCUCAAGGCCAUAUUCCAGUUACAGAUAUUUUAUCACCCACAUCUGUUUUCCCCGCCUUUCUAUAUGUAUAUUUCACUCGUCACAAAAACAUAGCAGACUACCUGCUGGUCAACACCUUCGAGGAGUUGGAAGGAAGAAAGGAAGCACAAAUGGGUCUCAGUGUUAAUGGAUGCCCUGCUCUGGCAGUAGGCCCGGUGUCUCUUCCCAAUUUCUUACAAGGGGAGAAUACCAAUGUCAGUAUGUUGGAAGAGGACAAUACUUGCUUCCGGUGGCUAGAUUCCCAACCAAAGCAAUCUGUGUUAUAUGUUUCUUUUGGGAGGCUUGCUGUAAAAUUUGAAAGGCAAUUGCACGAGCUGGCACUUGGACUAGAGGCUAGUGGGUUCCCUUUUUUGUGGGUACUUAGGCUUGACAUAGCUGAAGGAAAGUCUCUAGAGUUACCAGAGGGCUUUAAGGAGCGAACCAAGGAUCGAGCCCUGGUUGUUAGUUGGACCAAGCAGUUCCAAGUUCUUUCGCACCCUUCAGUGGGAGGAUUCUUUACACAUAAUGGUUGGAACUCUAUUCUAGAGGCAAUUAGCAUGGGAGUUCCUAUGAUUGGGUGGUCUUAUUUUUCUCAUCAGUUUAUUAAUUAUUUUGAAGGUGUUGAUACUGAUGAAUCCAAAUUGGUCACCAAGGAAGAGCUUGAAAAUGUAGUAAAGGAUCUGAUGGAAGUCUCUGUAGGAAAGAAGCUGCAAAGAAAUAUUGCAAUGUACAGGGAUGUAGCAACUAAGGCAGUUAUGCCAGGGGGUUCUUCUUUUGAAAACCUCAAAGCAUUUGUUGAGGAUAUGUAG